GAAGUCUUAAAAUUGUCAAGGUUGAGAAACACGUUUAGCCAAUCAGAGCAGCGAAGCCUUACAAAUUAAGGACGGAACAAUCUUUCUAGAGCUCGUCCUGAGGAGGAAUUUGCAUUUUCGCCUGGAGUUUUGCGGAGAGAGCUGCGCUUUGCGAGAUUCAUAGAAACUUUGUUAAGAAACUAUCAGUGUGAUGUGCCAGAACUGAACGAUGAUGAAUAACAAUAGUUCUGAGAUACUGCAUUCUGCCUACUUUGCUGUAGAAUACAUUGACUCUUUGCUGCCUGAAAAUCCACUACAACAACCACUUAAAAAUGCUUGGACCUAUAUGCUAAACAACUACACUAAAUUCCAGAUUGCAGCUUGGGGUUCAUUUCUCGUUUACCAACUUCUCUAUUUUUUAAUAUGCUUACCCGGAUUUGUAUUUCAGUUUAUACCUUAUAUGCAAAAAUAUAAAAUACAACAGGAUAGACCAGAAACAUGGACUAAACAAUGGAAAUGUUUCAAACAAAUUAUGCUCAAUCGCUUUUUUAUUCAAUUGCCUCUCAUAUGUGGUAGCUAUUAUUUCACAGAAUAUUUUAAUAUUCCUUAUGACUGGGAAAGCAUGCCAAGAUGGUUUGUGAUAGUUGCCCAGUGCUUUGGAUCUGCUGUGAUUGAAGAUACCUGGCAUUAUUUCCUGCAUCGACUACUUCAUCAUAAGAAAAUAUAUAAAUAUAUUCACAAAGUACAUCAUGAAUUUGUUGCACCAUUUGGGAUGCAAGCUGAAUAUGCACAUCCUUUAGAAAUUCUAAUCCUUGGAACUGGAUUCUUCAUUGCGAUAAUGGUCUUCUGUAAUCACGUAAUUUUCCUGUGGGCAUGGUUAUUUUGUCGUUUGAUAGAGACCAUUGAUGUUCACAGUGGCUAUGAUAUUCCUCUGAAUCCUUUACAUUUGCUGCCCUUUUAUGCUGGAUCCCGCUUUCAUGACUUCCAUCAUAUGAACCUCAAUGGCAAUUACUCUUCAACUUUCACCUGGUGGGAUAAACUCUUUGGUACUGAUUCACAGUACAAUUCUUACAAAGAGAAAAUGAAGAAAGAGAAAGACACAAUGGGAAAGAAGAUGGAAUAAAUUUCCCAUUUGCAACACUCAAUGGCAGCACCAAAGAGCUUGCACCAGAAACAAAAGGUGUGGUUCACUGGAUAAUGGAUAUUCCCUUUGUACGGUCCACAAAUCUUCAGGGGGGAGACCUUGUGGCAAAUUACCCGUAUGACGAAACUCAAACUGGAAGUGCACAUGAAUACAGCUCCUGCCCAGAUUACGCUAUUUUCCAAAGCUUAGCCUGAAGCUAUUCAUCUUUUCAUCCAGCCAUGUCAAACCCAAAUUGACCACCAUGUCGCAAGAAUGAUGAUGACGGCAGUUUCAUUGAUGGGACAACUAAUGGUGGUGCCUGGUAUAGCGUUCCAGGAGGUUUGUAUUGCUGAAAUGCAACAUUUUAAUCUUAUUUUUACAGUAUGCCAGAGUAGGACUGAAGGUAGAAAUCUGUCAAAUAUGACUUAUUAAUCCACAUGUUUGUAGAGCAAAUAAUGAAUUAAAUCUUGCAAAUAUCAUAGAACUCAUAUAGUUCUUGCCAGAAGGUUUUACAGGCUAUUAGUGACAUUGUUCCCUUUUCUGUUCCAGGAUGAUCUAGGCAAAACUUGCCUUUUAUAAUGAGCUUCCCCAGGUGGUGUUUCAGUAGUAUAUAAACAGCUAGUAACUAAGUGGAGGCCUUAGCGUGCAUAUACAUUGUUGACCUAUUAGCUAGUCACCAAUGUUUGUUAUUCUUAAAUAAACUCAUAUUCUGUGUUUUUGUAUGGAAAGAUAGAAAUCUCCAUAAGCUCUAUCUGCUUAGUAUUUAUUUAUUAAAUUUAUAUGCAGCCCAUCUCACUAUUAAAGCAACUCUGGGUAGCUUACAAAAUGAGAACUAUGGAAACAAUGAAAAUUAACAAGAAGCAUACAAUGGUGACUGAGGUAACUUUACAUUCUGUUAGCAUUAUUGUUUUUAUAGUUCUCACAGCUCAGUAUGAUGUUUUCUGAAUGGCAUAUUUUUAAAAAAUGAAAUGAUGAAGUGAUAAGUGCACUAGCAAUAAGUGGAAAUUAUAGUGUCUACUAACUUUAACAGGAAGCUAAUUGUGGUGAAACGUUCUAGGUCAGUGAUGGCAAACCUUUUAGAGACUGAGUGCCCAAACUGCAAGCCAAAACCCACUUAUGUAUCGUCGGGUGCCAGAUGGCCAUGGCCCAUUGGGUAGGCAUGGCUGCAAUGGUAAUGGCAAGAUCUUUUUUUUUAGCGAGAAGUUGAAAUUGAUUGAUUAAUUGAACUUUUUGUUUUUGCAUAUGGCAGCGGAGGCCGAAAGCGAAAAAGUUUUAUAAAACCCAGUUGAAGGCCUAGGAUUGGGGUGAUGGUGCACGUGCCCACAGAGAGGGCUCUGCGUGCCACCUGUGGCACAUGUGCCAUAGGUUCACCAUCACGGUUCUAGGUUCUUUUUUCUCUUCUCUUUUGUAAGUAUAUUAUUUAGAUAUAUAACAAGACGUUUUGUGCUUUAUUUUUAAAAUACAUCGAGGAAUAAAAGGAUUUAUUUGAGAUCGUCAGGGUAAUCCCAUUGCUAAUGCCACAAUUUCUGUAGAGGGGAUAAACCAUGACAUUACAUCAGCAAAGGAUGGAGAUUACUGGAGGCUGUUGGUACCUGGAAAUUAUAAAGUGACAGCCUCAGCAUCUGGCUAUCUAGCAAUCACAAAAAAAGUGGCUGUUCCCUUCAGUCCUGCUAUUAGGCAUUCGUGUUGUGUGGCUUGUGGAAGGCUGAGGGCUCAUGUCAUGAUGGGCCCCUUGGUGCUCUGUGGGGAUUGUGAGAUCUGCAAAUGGCUGAUCGUCCUCCCAUUCUGAAGGAAAAGAAAAAUCCCAAUGGUCAGAAUUGUUGCAGAAAUUUUUGUCAGAAUCUAAAUAUAUGAAAGUGUGAAAGACAAAUAAAUACCUUCAUAUACCCUCAAA